ACCCCUUUGGGAUGGGGGCGGGAGGUUAGUGCAGGACCUGGCCCGCCCCCGUCCCUGUCCGUGCCUUCCUCCUACACUCCCAUUACUUGGGGUCCGGGCCGGGCUGAGGGCGAGCAGCCCGGCCGCCCGGGGCUCAGGGCAAGCGGGUGGACAUGGGCUUCUUCCCACGCUGCGCGCUGCGCAGCCUCCUGGGCCGCGGCCGCGUCCAGGGCACUAGCCGCACCCUGGGCACGAGGCAGCUGCUCCUGUCCCUCCCUCACGGAGGAGUGCCUAGCUCUAUUCUGCUCCGCUACAACUCUGGGGGACUUACUAGAACCCAGGAACGGACACUAGUUGCAGUAAAGCCAGAUGGUGUUCAGCGGAGGCUGGUUGGAGAUGUCAUCAGGCGCUUUGAGAGACGAGGAUUCAAACUGGUGGGCAUGAAGCUACUACAGGCCCCAGAGGAAGUCCUUGCUGAACAUUACCAUGACCUAAAGAGGAAGCCCUUCUACCCAAACUUGAUCAACUAUAUGAGCUCUGGUCCCGUGGUCGCUAUGGUCUGGGAAGGGUACAAUGUGGUCCGUACCUCUAGAGCCAUGGUAGGAGACACUGACUCAGGAGAAGCUGCCCCUGGGACAAUCAGGGGAGAUUUCAGCGUUCACAUCAGCAGGAAUGUUGUCCAUGCCAGCGAUUCGGUGGAAGUGGCCCAGAGAGAGAUCAGCCUGUGGUUUCACAGCAGUGAGCUGGUGGACUGGGACUGUUGCAGUCGCGGCAACCUGUACCACGUGUGAAGGAGGGUUUCAGCCCACCUCCUGCCCACUGCCUAAGGACCCAGGAGUAACUACCUCUGCCAAUGAGAAUGCUAUGUUCUUCCCUUCCUUCCUUCCUGUCCAAGCUACCUGCCAUCCCCCUACCCUAACCCCCUGUCCCCCACAGAGACCUCUCCAUAUUGUGUGCCUUUCACUCCAUUGAAGGAUCAAGUCUAAUCCCUCAACCGCAGUGCCAGUCAACCUUGAGGCUGACUGCUUGUAACCAGAAAGAAUGAUGACUAUUAAAGGAGACACAUUAAAAUUCCA